AUGGACAAAGUAGAAGAACCAGAAACUGUCGCCAGCCCUCUGCCAGAGCCAGAGAUGCCAAUGGAAUCUGAGACUGAUUAUUCUAGUAUUAGAGGGAAAAUGAUUCUGGUCAGUCCAAGUACAGAAGAAUAUGAACUAUUGAAGAAACAACUUACUGAGAGACUAGAGUCAGGAAAUGGUGAAAUUAUUUAUGAUAUAGGACAUGGAGAAGAUGGUAAGGGUCUUACAGAAGAUGAAUACAAUGCAUCAGUUGCAACCCUACAGUCCCUUGUAAGUGAGAGGAUAUCUUGUGUAGAACUACGAAAGUGGGACUGUGGCACCGGCAUUGUUGGGCAGUAUCUACUCAGAACUGAAUUGGAUCAUAAUGACUUUAUGGAGAUAAGGGUUGCAGUAGUGGGAAAUGUAGAUGCGGGCAAGUCAACAUUACUAGGUGUGCUGACGCAUGGGGAACUAGACAACGGGAGAGGACAUGCAAGGCAACGGCUCUUCAGACAUAAGCAUGAAGCUGAAACUGGCAGGACCAGUUCUGUGGGGAAUGAUAUACUUGGAUUCGACAGUAUGGGUAAUGUUGUCAACAAACCCGACCAUGGUACUCUUGACUGGGUGAAGAUCUGUGAGAAAUCAUCAAAAGUGAUCACAUUCAUUGACUUGGCCGGACAUGAGAGAUAUCUGAAGACAACUGUAUUUGGUAUGACCGGACAUGCGCCUGAUUUUGGCAUGUUGAUGAUCGGUGCAAACGCGGGUAUUGUGGGAAUGACAAAGGAACAUUUGGGACUAGCGCUAGCUCUGUCCGUGCCAGUAUUUGUUGUCGUCACCAAGAUUGAUAUGUGUCCGCCAAAUGUACUACAGGACAAUCUGAAGUUAUUAAUUAGAAUACUGAAGUCUUCCGGGUGCCGCAAAGUACCAGUUAUGGUUAAGACGAAAGAUGACGUCAUCGUUAGUGCAACUAAUUUUGUGUCCCAACGUCUAUGUCCAAUCUUCCAAGUAUCGAACGUGACGGGUGAAAACUUGGAGCUGCUGACGAUGUUCCUUAACCUGCUGAAGACCAGGAUGCCUUCGCAAGAUGACAAACCUGCUGAGUUCCAGAUUGACGAUACAUACUCUGUUCCGGGUGUAGGAACAGUUGUAUCAGGAACAACUCUAGCGGGUGUUAUUCGUUUGAACGACACGUUACUUCUAGGGCCUGACCCGCUCGGCCGUUUUGUGCCAAUCACUGUUAAAAGUAUUCAUCGCAAACGAAUGAGUGUGCAUGAAGUGCGAGGGGGACAGACUGCAAGCUUCGCACUUAAAAAGAUUAAACGAUCGGCAAUCCGUAAAGGUAUGGUGAUGGUAUCACCAGCACUGAACCCUCAGGCUUGCUGGCAGUUCGAAGGAGAGAUUCUUGUUCUGCAUCAUCCCACCACCAUAUCUUCCAGAUACCAAGCCAUGGUACACUGCGGCAGUAUUCGUCAAACUGCGUCGAUUCUCUCGAUGUCUCGCGAAUGCCUCCGUACGGGAGAUAAGGCGCGUGUGAGCUUCAGAUUCAUCAAGCACCCAGAGUACUUGCGACGGGGACAAAGGAUGGUAUUCCGUGAAGGGCGUACCAAAGCUGUGGGUAAUGUACUACGUCCUGAACCUCAUGCUCAGGCGACUGCCAGACAUCAUAGACAUGAGCAUAGGCAUCUCAAUGCAGUACAAGAAACCGAUGAAUCUGGUGCUAACUCUGCUUUACAAAUGACGGGUGACAAGAGGCGACGUGGGCGCAAAAGGCAUGACAAACACGGACCACAGGCGCCAUCGGCAUCUGCCGUGGUUGCUAAUUAA